AUGCACUUCACCAAGUCGUUCGUCGCGGCGGCGGCCGCAGCCGGCGUCCGCGCGCAGGAGUUCACCUGGACUGGCACCAACCAAGCUGGAGGCGAGUUUGGCGAGACAGUGUUCCCCGGCCAGCUGGGCAAACACUACAUCUGGCCCACGCCCGAGUCUGUGGACACACUUGCUGCCACGGGAAUGAACACUUUCCGCGUAGGCACCCGGAUGGAGCGUCUCGUACCCGACGACAUCAGCGGUCCCAUCAACGAAACGUAUUUCGAGGGUCUGAAGAACAUCGUCGACCACAUCACCGGGCAGGGCCACUAUGCCGUGAUUGACCCCCACAACUACGGCCGCUACUACGGCAACAUCAUCAACGAUAUCGACGGUUUCUCUGCCUGGUGGACCAAGAUUGCCUCGCGCUUCGCCUGCAACGCGCUUGUCAUCUUCGACACCAACAACGAGUACCACACCAUGGAGAACUCGCUCGUGCACGACCUCAACCAGGCCGCCAUUGACGCCAUCCGCGCGGCCGGUGCCACGAGCCAGUGGAUCUGGGUCGAGGGCAACGCCUGGAGCGGCGCCUGGAGCUGGGUCUCGUCCGGCAACGGCGAGUCCAUGCUCGACCUCUCCGACCCGGAGGACAAGCUCGUCUACGAGAUGCACCAGUACCUCGACUCGGACUCGUCCGGCACCCACACCGAGUGCGUGUCCCCCACCAUUGGCGUCGAGCGUCUCCAGGAGGCGACCGAGUGGCUCCGGCAGAAUGGCAAGAUUGGCAUCCUCGGCGAGACGGCUGGUGCGAGCAAUGAUGUCUGCAAGCAGGCGGUCGUCAACGAGCUGGACUUCUUGCUGGACAACAGCGACGUCUGGAAGGGUUGGCUAUGGUGGGCGGCGGGACCUUGGUGGGGCGACUACAUGUUCAGCUUGGAGCCGCCGACCGGUGUUGCGUACCAGAACAUGUUGAGCGAGAUCCAGCCGUUCAUUGGGGCAUGA